UUUUGUAAGUUUUUGAUUCCAUAACAAUUUCGAUAUGGGGAAUGCCAUAGGGAACACUGCGAAGCGUACAUCUCGGUUUGUGAAGAGAUUUAACAUUGAGAAUCGAGUUAACAAGGUGCUUGACCGAGAAAAACCAGAUGUGGCACCAAGACACGAAACUACGUCGAAACUUUUGGAGGAGUUUGCAGCCGACAAUCCAGAACUAUUCGAGGAGCAAAAGAAGAAAAAUUUAGAUCUUCAUGAAAGACUUAAACAGGUUCGACUCGAGUCUACAGGAAGCCUACCUGAGAUCAAAUCGCGACGUCUGCCUGAAAGGAACCGCUUAAACGAACCAACAAUUUCAGGAUACAGAGGAUUUCUAGACCCAGAGAAAGUACCAGAAGGGAAACUUACUUUGAAAAAUGCCAUGAGGAUCCUUACAAAAGUUCAAGAAACGCCUGAUUUAGAUUCAAAUGCAGUGAAAAAUAUAGCAAAGGAAUAUAAACUGGAUCUACUACAGGUGCAGCAGUUAUUGAGACAUUUUAAAGCUUUGGAAAUGAAAUUCCCAGAUUCUUUACAGCAGAAACAUCCAAGUCUAGCAGAAGAUCUUAAAAGAAGGGGACAAAAAGGUGUUGAUGAUUGGGUUUCUGGUGUCAGAUCUGAUGCAGAGGCAAUAGAAUUUUUAAAAGAUGAAUCUAGGAGUCAGGCGGAAAGAAGACGGGAAAGAUUGGUCAGAAAGGCUGCCAGCGGUAUCCCUGGUGAUGAGGAUCAUUUAGAAGGAUUUGAUUGGAAAGAACCUGAAAAAGAACUCAAUACAAAAAGAACUGACAAACAAAUGCCACUUGACAAAAGCAAGAAGGAUAAAGGAGACAGUUGAUGAUGACACAUUGUAGUCUGAUAUGCCAAAAAAUAAACCUCAGUGUAAUUUCAUACUGAAUGAAGUUUCUUUCCCCUUGGCUUGAGAUUAUCUAUUUCCUCAAGAAUGGGGUGAAUGCUGACUUUAUUAGGUAUUUGUAUGUGUUUUUAUUGUUCCACUGCUUUGCAUCAUUAAUGUGAUUUAAUUGUUGUUGUGACAAUGGUGGAUUGUCAUUGUCCUGACAGGCUGUCCAGGCUUAGAUACACCUGUCCAGACUUGGAUACACCUGUCCAGACUUGGAUACACCUGUCCAGGCUUGGAUACACCUGUCCAGGCUUAGAUACACCUAGCCUUAGAUACACCUGUCCAGGCUUAAAAGAUCAUUGUCCUUAUGACUUUCUCCACAUCUCACAAUAUGUAAGGUUCUAUGUAUAACUGUAACACUGUAACCUGAUGUUAAGUGAUUGCCAGACUCUAUACCUUGUACAUUUAGAAACAUUAGAUAAAAGAGCAGAGAAAAACUGAUUCAUCUUUCCAAAGCAAAACUGGGAAUGUAUGAAGUGUAGGAGAAAGGCUUUCUGGUUAUGAUUCUGCAUGUAAUUGUUAUCCAUUACUUGAGGAAGAUACAUGGAAAAUAGAAUCUUUGAGAAGGUGGCAAUUCAUAUCAACCUUUUUAGGUCACCCAAGACAAAUUCUCAUGGCAAUCUAUCAUGAUUGUCUUUUGUCCUGUGUUGUGCUCCCAUAAACUUUUAACAAUUUCAACUUCUCAAAUACCUCUGAAUCAGUUUUUUUUUUAAACUUUAGUAGAAAAUUUCCUUGGGUAAAGAGUUUACUAUAGUUUAUAUUGGAAAAGUACAUUUUUCAGAAUAAUUUAUUUAAUUUUCAUUGGAAAGAAUUUGAACUUGGUUAGAAUUAUGAGAGAAGGAUGACAGGUUAUGUUACACAUAUUGAUUUUGGCUUACCCCCAGGGGCUGAUGGGCAGGACCAAAAAGGGUGAAAUUGACUCAAGUUUCAAAAAUCUUCUCAACACCCAGAUAUAGUAUUAUCAAAUGCCAGUCAUUAUUUGAAGGGUCUUGAGGUGCUUGAACAAAAUUAUCACUUUCAUGACCCCAGGGUCUUAUCCUGUAGGGAGGGGAUAAAGUAAACAAUAGCUUUUUAUAUCAACAUUUCAAUUUUGAGCUUUAUAUUGUUUAGUUUUCCUUUCCAUGGGAAAUAACUUGGGAGGAAGUAUAACUAAAGGAUAACAGUGUUGAUGGUGGUAUAUAAUGACACUGGCUCAGAUCCCUAAGAGCUUGCAAUAUUAAUUAAGCCUUCCUAUCAUCAAUGUCAUAAUUUCUUGUUCUUGGUACUUGGAAUCUACUCCUCAUCCUUUAACCUUUAUAUUCAAUAUUGCUUACAUCAGGUGAUGGUCAAGGCCGCUAGGCUCUUUUAUUCUUUUUCCAUCUCCAAACAUUUAAUAAUUAAAAUUAUAUCUCUCUUUAGAUGGCCAUCUUUAGAUCACCAUAGUAUGAAUUUCCUGUUGACCGACCUCUAAACUUUCAGUCCCUGUAUCAUCUAAUAAAGAGGAAUAGUGAUAAUCACAAUAGAUAACAGUUGUGUAAAUAAAAUGUUUUAAGAUGGGUUAGGUGACCUAAAAUUCAGGACCAAGUGAUGGGCGCCAAGAUUUGUGUUUGUAAGGGUUAAAUAUCAUACAUCAGACAGGCUUGUAUGCAAAGCAAGAAAGGAAUAUACUGUUAUGGAGACAGAAAAUAUCGUACAUUAGCCAGGUUUGUACGAGAAUGCGAGAAAGGAAUACACUGUUAUCGUAACGGAGGAAUACGAUAAACUGUAUUUUCUAGGUUAUAUAAUACAGAUAUGACAUGAAAUAAAGACAAACCAGUUGAUAUA